AUGGUUUCCCUCAUCCUCAACGACCCAAAAUACAUUCGAGUCUGUAUUUAUUACGAAGUCCUUGGCAACAUCCCAGUCUGUGAAGCAUAUAAGAAUUUGUGUAAGAGAGUUGGAAAUAUUGAUUAUGUGGAGUUUGAAUUCUGGUACAUGCGUUUCGUAAGAGGAGAAAUUGAUUUGGAUUAUGAUAGGAGUCUUGAACCAGCUACCCGUGGACUUUUAAACAUGCCUUCCGACAUCAUGCUGAAAAUAAUCAAUAGUCUGACUGCGAUGGAGCGACUUGUCUUCCGAAAGACAUCCCGUGACAUCCUGUCAAUUGUUGACACCUGUAAAUUAAACUUCAACGACAUCAUGGUACUGUUUCGUAAAGAUAAAGCUACUCUGAAUCUAUACGACUCCAAUGAGAGACAAUAUUUCCAAUUCCGUGGAGCAACUUGUUCGAAUACAAAGAUUGAAGAGAGAUCCUGUGAAAUAUCUAAUAGAUUCGUAGAGAAAACCAUGAGGAAUGCGAAUCCAGUGGACUUGGCGAUGAGUACUUUGAUGGUGAUUUUGAAGAAUACAAAAGUCGAGUUGGAGGAUCUAAAGAUUAAAAACGAUUCGAAUCGAUUUGACGAGUUGGAAGAAAUGUUGAAUGGGCUAACACAUCGACUUCGUGUCAAAAACUUUACAAUUUUAACGCAGUAUUCAAAGGAGGAGAUGAUGGUGUUACCGUAUUUGAAGCCAGGAACACUUGAAUGUCUUUCUAUAGAGAUGUUAGAUCAUCAUGUUGAAUUGUCAGUGGAUAAAAGAAUUGAGAGAAUGAAUAAAUUGGUGGCGAUGGAUCAAUGGAAAAUGGCAAAGUAUAGAAAUAUUAGUACAAUGAAGCCAGUUGGGUUUCCGAUUAGAAGUCUACUCGACUGUGAGUGGUUUAAUCUGAAACUGGACUGUAAAGAAUGUGAUGCAAACACUGUUGUGGAGAUUUUGAAGCCCCUUUUCACAUCGACUGUUCUCCAGAAAUUCCAGCUCUCUACACAGUUCCAUAUGAAUCCAGAAGAAAUAUUCAGAAAACUGGGACUAAAACAAAGGGAUAGUGGAAAUGAUAAAAGUAUCCGCUAUAUUUCAAUCCCGAAUUCUGGAGAUUAUUACGAGUUCAGUGUUGAUUUAUUCGUUUCGAAGCUUUCCGUUUGUAUUCUCAGAAGAACAGCGAGAGAUGGAGAUAGGAUGCAGGAGAUUGGAGAAGAGGAGGAGGAAUCGGAGGUUGAAAAUGAAUCGGAGAGUGAAUCGGAAAGAGAGAAUGAGGAAGAAGAGGCAACAGCGGUUACAGGAGGUGAUGAUACUGAGAAUGAAGAUUGA